UUUGGUGCCUGCUCCCCCUGAUGUCUGCGUUUUAGACCAGCCCGGCUGCUGUAUCCACGGCAACAGAAGCAGGAGUGUCACUGGCCGCCAGAUCACUGAGGGUCCCACAAUGUGGCCUGGGCUGUGAUUUAUCCUGGGUGAGACUGCUUGAGCCCCCUACCUGGAUUCCAAGACAGCCCUGCUGAGAGAGUCCAGGUGCAGCCCAGCAGGACAACUGAUGGAGUCCCCCAGGACCCAUCGAAUACCAGACUGGCUGAUCCCAUAGGGUUGGGAGCAGCCCCUGCCCCUCAGUAUGGCCAACACAACUGGAGAGCCCGAAGAGGUGAGCGGCGCACUGUCCCCGCCAUCAGCAUCAGCUUAUGUGAAGCUGGUGCUGCUGGGACUGAUCAUGUGUGUAAGCCUGGCGGGCAACGCCAUCUUGUCACUGCUGGUGCUCAAGGAGCGUGCCCUGCACAAGGCUCCUUAUUACUUUCUGCUGGACCUGUGCCUGGCCGACGGCAUACGCUCUGCCGUCUGCUUCCCCUUUGUGCUGGCUUCUGUGCGCCACGGCUCCUCAUGGACCUUCAGUGCACUCAGCUGCAAAAUUGUGGCCUUUAUGGCCGUGCUCUUUUGCUUCCAUGCGGCCUUCAUGCUGUUCUGCAUCAGCGUCACCCGCUACAUGGCCAUCGCCCACCACCGCUUCUACGCCAAGCGCAUGACACUCUGGACAUGCGCAGCUGUCAUCUGCAUGGCCUGGACCCUAUCUGUGGCCAUGGCCUUCCCACCCGUCUUUGAUGUGGGCACCUACAAAUUUAUCCGUGAGGAGGACCAGUGCAUCUUUGAGCAUCGCUACUUCAAGGCCAAUGACACGCUGGGCUUCAUGCUUAUGUUGGCUGUGCUCAUGGCAGCUACACAUGCUGUCUAUGGCAAGCUGCUCCUCUUCGAGUAUCGUCACCGCAAGAUGAAGCCAGUGCAGAUGGUGCCAGCCAUCAGCCAGAACUGGACAUUCCAUGGCCCUGGGGCCACCGGCCAGGCUGCUGCCAACUGGAUCGCUGGCUUUGGCCGUGGGCCCAUGCCACCAACCCUGCUGGGUAUUAGGCAGAAUGGGCACGCAGCCAGCCGGCGGCUACUGGGCAUGGACGAGGUCAAGGGUGAAAAGCAGCUGGGCCGUAUGUUCUACGCGAUCACACUGCUCUUCUUGCUCCUCUGGUCACCCUACAUUGUGGCCUGCUACUGGCGAGUGUUUGUGAAAGCCUGUGCCGUGCCCCACCGUUACCUGGCCACUGCUGUUUGGAUGAGCUUCGCCCAGGCUGCUGUCAACCCGAUCGUCUGCUUCCUGCUCAACAAGGACCUCAAGAAGUGCCUGAGGACUCACGCCCCCUGCUGGGGCACAGGAGGUGCCCCGGCUCCCAGAGAACCCUACUGUGUUAUGUGAAGCAAGCUGGUAGACAGACAGGCAGGGAGAUCAUGGCUACCGUGAUGGAGCCAGCAGUAAGGGAAGGGUGGGCCCCAUACAGGAGCCUUUCUUUCUGAGCUCCAGCCCUAGCCCCUCGAACCACCCAGAAUCUAGGCAUCUUUGCCGACACCUCCCCAGGGUUGGAGACUGGGGUGGGGGACUAGAAAAGAGGCAUUUCUAAUUCUGUGGGGCCUGUCUCCGCUGUCUCCUUCUCCACUUCUACAAUCUCUCUCAUUUCCUCUCUCUCUCUCUCUCUCUCUCUCUCUCUUUCUCUCUCUUCCUUUCUCUCUCAGAAGUGACAAUUCAGAAAAAGAAAUUAAGACUGAAAAUGCAGGUUUUUCUACUAACAGCUGAGGAGACGGGCUUUCUUGCUUUAAUGUCUCUCCUUCUGACAUUGUCCAGAAGGGGGAAAUUUGUUCUGUAAAAUAGACUUCCAGAGCUCUUAUUGCCCCCUCUGCUCCCAUGCACCCUCCCCUUCCGAGUCCUUUAGCAAGGGCUGGAUGUUGAGGGAGAAAUUCAUCUGCUGACAACAGGGACCAAAGAGGGUGCUGGGUCCCCCGGGAGCAGAGACGUUUAAUUGCUAUGUUGUGUGCGAUGUUGUUUUAAGCUAACCCUGGUCCCAAGCCUGGUUUCCUCUCCCUCCCCACCAUGUCCAGACCUCCCAAGUGUUUCUUGAGCAUCUGUUCAAGAAGCCAGGAGGGGAGGGAGAAGGACCUCUGGGAUGGGUCCAUGCUAGGUGAAGAACGGGAUGCGAGCUGCACGCCUCGAGCUGAAGAGACCCGAGCUUGGCUGCAUUCUUUCGAGCUGCCUCCUGGAUCCCCAGUCCCCAACUCUUCUUCCUGAGGAUGGAAAUCCACUCCAGCCUCGCUAGGGUUGAUGUGGGUGCCAUAUAGGCAGGUGCAUUCCCCCAGGGGAAGUGUAGGAAGAGAGCAAAACUCCCCAGAGUAACUGGAUCCCAGUGCCUGGGUCAGAGCAGAACUCAGCCCCAGAAUUGUCUCCUGGGUUCACACUAUUCUCCUGAGGAUGAAAAGUUGGGGGAUGACAUAAGCUCCAAGGCACUGUGGACUUGAGUCCAUUCCUAUCUGACCUCGUUUGGUCCCCUUCAAGCCUCGGGGGUCUGUCUCAAGCCCCUCUUGGUAGCCCUAGGCCUUCUGGGCCCUCAGCCCCCAACUUCCUUUCCCAGCCAGCCCUUCUCCCUCUUCUUCCCUCCACCCAAAAUGGAGCAGACUGCAGCCAGAUUCUCCAGGUGGGAGAGCCCAAGCCUCCCUCCCAGGGCAGAGUCCACUCUGGGCUCACAUCACUGCCAGUUCUUAUGGACUGGUGAGCCAAGCUGGCAUUCCUUUGCCUGGCCUUGCCCAGAUUCUUUGUCCCCCCUGCCCAUUUCCUGGGGGAGGGGGAGAUCUGUAUUUAUCUAUCCUCCUUUCCCUUCCUGAUAGAAGCUGUUGUCCUAAGCUCUUUUCCUACCCCCAAGACAGCCCCAGAAUUGGGGAAGACUUGACCCAAGAGGAAUGGGGAGGGCACUCUAGGCAGGAGAGACAUUAAU